CCAGGGCGGGGAUAGUCCGGGCCCGCGGGGUCGGGAAUGGGGCUGGCCGGGUUCGGGGGGAAGGUCCCUGCCUAACGCGCCUCUCCCCUCUUCCCCCCCCCCGCCCCAGCCCUACUGAGGGGGCGGGUCUGCGACUCUCGCCCUCGACCCUCGGUUCGGACCGGGCUCCAGGCUCCCCGGGCUUUUUGAGGAGGAGCCGCCGGGUCGGGGCCACGGCCGCCACUGGCAGGCUAUCACAGGUGCCUUCAACCUAUUUUGAGGAUUUCUGAGAAUGAAAUAACCAAGAAGCAAUCUAGAUGAUGGAGAUGAUGUUGGAGAGUUCUGCUUCCUGGGAAAGGAAAUGAAGAUAAAAUUGAAAUUCUAAACUAUAAAUUAGAUGGAUUUAUGUUAUUUUCUGUGAACUAAAGUGAUUCAAUGUCUCUUCUGGAUUGUUUCUGUACCUCACGGACACAAGUUGAAUCAAUAAGACCUGAAAAACAGUCUGAAACCAGCAUCCACCAGUACUUGGUAGAUGAGCCAACCUUCUCUUGGGUGCCUUCCUCUCCUGGAGGCAAUGAAAUGCCAUUAUGCACUUCUAAUGUUUCUCAUUAUGAACUCCAAGUAGAAAUAGGAAAAGGAUUUGACAAUUUAACUUCAAUCUACCUCGCGCGGCAUACUCCCAGUGGAACAUUAGUGAUUAUAAAAAUUACAGACUUGGAAAAUUGCUCUGAAGAACAUUUGGAAGCUUUGCAGAAUGAAGUGACACUCUCCCACUUUUUCCGGCAUCCGAACAUUACAACAUAUUGGACAGUGUUCACAGCUGGCAGCUGGCUUUGGGUCAUCUCUCCAUUUAUGGCUUAUGGUUCUGCAAGUCAACUCUUGAGGACUCACUUUCCUGAAGGCAUGAGUGAAACUUUAAUAGGAAACAUUCUCUUCGGAGCAGUGAGAGGGUUAAACUAUCUGCACCAAAAUGGCUGUAUUCACAGGAGUAUUAAAGCCAGUCACAUCUUGAUUUCUGGAGAUGGCCUUGUAUGUCUGUCUGGCCUGUCCCGUCUCUACAGUUUGGUUAACCAUGGGCAAAGGUCUAAAGCUGUGUAUGAUUUUCCCCAAUUCAGUACAUCAGUUCAUCCUUGGCUGAGUCCAGAACUACUAAGACAGGAUCUGUAUGGGUAUAACAUGAAGUCAGAUAUUUAUAGUGUUGGCAUUACAGCGUGUGAAUUAGCCAAUGGGCAGGUACCUUUCCAAGAUAUUCACCGGACUCAGAUGCUAUUACAAAAACUGAAAGGUUUUCCUUCCUGCCCAUUGGAGAAAAAUGCAUCCCUUCAAGCAGAAUCCAGAUUAAAAAUUUCCCGCUCUGGUGUAGACUCUGGAAUUGGAGAAAGUGUGCUAGUGUCUAGCCCAACACGCACAGUGACCAGUGACAGACUGCAGACUCCUUCCUCAAAAACUUUUUCUCCUGCUUUUCAUAGUUUGGUAGAACUAUGUUUGCAACAAGACCCUGAAAAAAGACCAUCAGCAAGCACUUUGCUGUCACAUGCGUUUUUCAGACAGAUAAAAGAACAAACCCAGGAUUCAAUACUUUCAUUGCUGCCUCCUGCUUAUAGCAAAUGGCCAGUGGCAGUGCCCCCAGUGUCGACUUGGACUGAGCCUAAUUAUAUUCUUACUGAUGAAGAUGUUGGCUGGGAAUUUUAGAGAUGCCAAAUCACUCUUACAUCCUAUGUACUUGACCUCUUUGCUGCUUUUUCUCUAUGUUGGCUAAGUACCUGUGCCAGAGCCAUACUUGAAAACACGGUUGUUGCACUGGAAAUUAAUUUGAAACCACUCUUUUCAAAGGGGGCACUACUCUAGCAGCCUUUCCAAAUGGCUCUGAGUGCUAUCACAAGUACUGGAAACUUCAGAAUUAGGAAUUUGGUUGCUGUAUUUCGUUGUGUAUUUUGUUCAAACUGUGAUUGAUUCCUCCUCAAUCUCUCAAUGUAAUGUUGACCUAUUUUCUCAUGUUCUUGGCUGCUUUGAAGGUGAAUGGACCCUCCAAGUAGGACAAGACAGUGCCUCUCCAAAUACAUCUUUUUUUCUAGUCUCUAGCCUUCUGGUCUCCUACCACCGGGCAAGUGGCUAAUUCAUCUUGGCACAAAGCUAUUUUAAGUAGAGGGAAAACUGUUUAUGUUUUUUUGUCUCCUGAUAAUAUCUAUUCUUUGUCAAUCUGAGCCUGACAUUAAAUGAUUCACUUGUAUUUAUAUAAAUGAAUAUGCAGUUUUUUCCUUUUCAAGCACCAAUUAGCUGCACUUUUCUACCUUUGUAAAUUAUAAGGCUUAAAUCCAUGCACUUUGGCCCUCAAUAAAUAUUCAUUGAAUUGAGUUUAUUCCAUCAA